AUGAAACUUUUGAUCCUCCUUGUUGUGCCAUUCGCGUUAGUUUGCGCGGGAACGGAAAAGGAAGUCAGCGGGUUGGCAAACGCGAAUCAAAACCAACCAGCCGAACAGCUCUUCCAACAGUUGUCCACCAAGAAAGAGAAACGAGGAAUCUUUGGACUUGGUGCGUAUGCCCCAGCGGCACCAGUGUAUGGUCACGCCUUUGCCCAUCCGGUCCAUCAGCAUGUUCUACCGGCGGCAGAUCCAUUCGCACCGGUCGCACUAGCUGCAGGACCAGCUCUACCCGCCCUUGCAGGUCCAUACCUUGGAUCGCAUGCUCAUACACAUACGGUGGUAACGAAGAAAGUUGGCAUCCCGAUUCCGGCACCGUACGCCGUGCCAGUGGAGAAACCGUACCCGGUUCCGGUAAAGGUCCACGUGCCCGUUCCGGUGGAUCGUCCAUAUCCAGUCCCUGUUCCGAGACCGUAUGCCGUACCAGUGGAGAAACCUUACCCAGUACCUGUUGAUCGUCCCUAUCCGGUUGCUGUGCCACAUCCCGUACCGGUGCCGGUAAUUAAACACGUAGGUUAUCUGGUACCUGCUCCCGUUCCGGUUGCCAUCCCAAAGCCCGUACCUGUUCCGGUGCAUACUCCGUACGUGAUAGAAAAGCCUGUCGUUGCCGCUGUUGCGCCUGACCCGUGGGCUACCGCUAAGCUUUGGUAA